AUGGGCCCCGAUGAGCAGCAGCCUCUCGGUCGGGCAGAGCGAGAAGAACCGACCUUAGGACAGCGGAUUGAAGGACAUUUCCAGGGGAAGGUUCUUGCCGGCUUGAUGCAACUGGUCCCCAUCUUGGUGACUGUUUUUGUCCUCGCAUUCAUUAUUGGCCAUACCGACGGCUUUAUCAGGCCUCUGCCUUUUGUCAAAGACAGGCCUUGGGACCUACCUGGUGUUGGUUUGAUCGGCAUUAUUGUCGUUUUUUACCUGAUAGGACUGUUCGUUUCUGUUGCGGUAGGUCGCCGUACCAUGGGAGUGAUGAGCUUUGUGCUCACCAAAAUUCCGGUGGUCAAAACCAUUUUCGGCGUUACCGAACAGGCGACUACAAUCCUCGCAUCGGACUACAAUUUCAGCCGGGUGGUGUUCCUUGAGUGGCCCCGCGAGGGUAUGGUCGCCAUUGGCUUCGUGACUGGUCGGGCUUUCUCACAGACCGGAGGUCAUUCGCUCGCGAUCAUUUACAUACCCACGGUACCCAAUCCGACGUCGGGCAACAUGGCCUUUGUCAAUGAAGACGAUCUCUUCGAAACUGACCUCAGCGUGGAAGACGCUAUCAAGUUGAUCUUCUCUGGCGGUAUAGUGUUGCCGGAGCGGUUGGCCAUGGCGCGGCUCCCCCGGGACGUCGAGAAAAAGGAGCGCGAGUUCAUCGGCCGGUUCGAAACCCGCCCCGAAUAG